GGUAUUAAAGUAAAGAAAAUAAUAUUGUCGUAUGUGAAACAUUUAUAAGUAUAUAACAAUUUGGCGAGAGUAUAUUCAACAAUGAACGGACUGCUAUUUAUUUUGGCUUUAUCCGGAUUUUCGGAGGUUGCUGAUGCUAUCGGAAGAACGGAAGAAGGGUUUUGUUUACAAUCUCAACAUUCCUGCAACGAUAUAUCGUGCAUUCCACAAAGCCACGUCUGUAACGGAGAUGAAGAAUGCGUCGAUGGAUCAGACGAAGUAGGAUGUGCAGAUGCGCCUACUUGUUCUGGCGGGUUGAUUCCUUGUCCAAAAACAACUGGAGUAACAUCAUGUGUAGAAACUCAAGAACAAUGCUCACAGCCGACAGGUUGCGGUGCUCUGCCGAAUAUUGAUAAUGGCGAAGCGAGUUUCCUUGGAUUCGGGAAUAAAAAAUCAUCCAUCGGCGCGUGGGCAGAUAUAAUCUGUAAUGAAGGAUAUAAAAGUUGUACAAAUAAGAUCAGGUGUCUAGAAAGUGGGGUUUGGACAACUACUGUGUGCGAACCAGAACAACCAGGCAUACAAUGUAAGGCAAACAACACUUGUGGACUAUCUGCCGGAUCGUGUAGUACUCCUGGUCAAAAAUGUUACAUUGACGAUGUCGAAGUGAUUUUACCGAACACUGGCUCAUACGAAUUUGAACACUUUGAACAACCUAUUGCUUCAGAAGAAAUUUGCAGAGGAAUGUGUUUGAGUGUCACAACGUAUCGUUGUGUUGCCUACAGCUAUAAUCCACCUUCAGAACAAUGUUUUACAUUCACCAAAACUCCAGCUGAAGGAUUAAAUACCGUAUAUCAUAAUUAUAGUGUGCUGAGAAUACUGACAUGUCCAGCUUGUUGAACAAUUUAAAAAGAUCAAGCCUGAUUAAUGCCUUUUGUCAAACUAUUAGGACUAAAGUAUAUAGAAUGGUAUGUCUGGUACCCAUUAACUUUCUUUUUUAACUUUUUGAAGGUUAAUUUUCUACAUAAAAUUACAAACAAACAAAAUUAAAUAAAUGUAUCUGUAAAAA